GGGGCGCGGGCGGCGCGGGCAGAGCGGCGGCGGAGCCGGGCCCCAGCGGGUUGUGCUGUGCGCGGAGCCGGGCCCCAGCGGGUUGUGCUGUGCGCGGAGCCGGGCCCCAGCGGGUUGUGCUGUGCGCGGAGCCAUGCCCGGGCUGUGGGAGCGGCUGGCGGGCGGCGAGCGGGGCCGCCUGGAGACCUCCGACUGCGAGUCUCUGGGCAGCGCCUCCGGUUCGGAGGGAGAUGCCGAAUACGCCGAGGGUGUCUCCCUGCCGGACAUGGACCUGGAGCUGCUGCACGACCCCGAGGACGAGCUGCUGUGCGCCAGCCUGCUGGACGUGGUGCAGGCGGCGCUGGGCCGGGCCCCGCUGGGCGCCGGGCGCUGCUCGCGGCUGCUGAUGCCGGCCCAGCUGCAGGCGCAGGUGCGGGCCGAGCUGCUGCGCCUGGCGUGCAGCGAACCCUGCGGGCUGCGCGGCGCCCUCCUGGACCUGUGCGUGGAGCACGGCAAGGCCUGCCACGACGUGGGGCGCAUCGCCGCCGACCCCGGCGUGGUGCCCACCUUCCAGCUCACCCUGGUGCUCCGGCUGGACUCCCGCCUCUGGCCCAAGAUCCAGGGACUCUUCGCCUCGGGGCCGGCCUUCGCGCCGCUGAAGCUGAGCACGGGCUUCAGGGUGAUGAAGAAGAAGCUGUACAGCUCCGAGCAGCUGCUCAUCGAGGAGUGCUGAUGGGCCGGGCCGCGGCAGCCGCUUCCCAAGCGCUUCGGAAGAGCCGGGCAGAGCGUGGCGGCUCCUGGCAGCCGCUGUAGUUUAGGUUAGGCUGGAGUAGGGCUGUAGGUGGAAGUAGUUGGGGCGGGCCGAGGUCCCCGCGGGGCCUGCCCGUGCCGGGCCAGCCCUGGCGGGCAGCAGCCGGGACCCGGGCGGAGGUCGCUUCCCGCCGUCGGUGAUUGUGGGAUGAUCCCGGAGGCGGCAGCGGGGCUGCCGGAGGGGUGCCGGUCUCCCGAUGGCUGAUCAAUCGUGGGUUGUUUUUUUUUUUUGUAAACCAGGAUUGUAAUCAAUGGGGUCUCGGGGGAGGGCGAGUGGCGGCCGAGGGGCUCUGGAUCAAAGGCCAAGCCCGGCUGGAAUUGUGUCUUUGAUCGGGAGAGGGGCCGGAGGGCAGGACCCUGGCCCUGACACGCUGGGGACACUUCGUUGGUUACAGUUUACACUCAUACACUUGAUGUUCAAGUGCGAGAAUUCCUAUGCAAUCGUGUCGGGUGGUUUUUUACUUUUCUAAUAAAACUUGUCUUGAUUGAUAA